GGAGAGUUAAUAUAGCGCGGGGGAGGUAAACAGAGCCUCGCCGUCCUUGCUCACACAGGGUACAGCGCCCUGCUCUUCUCCACACACUCUCCUCUCAACUGUGCUAAUAUCAAAGGCCAUUUGUAAAACUUUAAGGACACUACACGUGUAUAUCACAACCAAGAAGAAGCCAAAAGCUGUCAGCAUGUUGCUUGAUGUUGAUGGGAUGCAGGUGUAUUUCCCGUAUGACUUUAUCUACCCUGAACAAUACUCUUACAUGUUGGAUUUAAAGAGGACCCUUGAUGCCAAAGGCCACUGCAUAUUGGAGAUGCCUUCUGGAACUGGAAAGACAAUCACACUACUUGCUUUAACCAUCUCCUAUCUGAGAGCAUUUCCACAGAAUCUCUCCAAACUUAUUUAUUGCUCCAGAACAAUUCCAGAAAUAGAAAAAGUAAUUGAGGAGCUUCGAAAGUUAGUGACUUACAUAGAGAAAGAAACUGAAGAGUCAUCUAACCUCAUUGGAAUUGCUAUGGCUUCACGAAAACAUCUGUGUAUUAAUCCUGAGGUUAAUAAAGCAAGAGAUGGAAAGAUCAUUGACAGUGGAUGUCAUGCCCUCACAGCAUCCUAUGUACGUUCUAGAGCUCAGCGGGAUGAUACGAUAGCACAGUGUGAUUUUUUUGAAAAGUUUGAUCUACAUGGAAAGGAAUUUCCUAUCCCUGCUGGAGUAUAUAACAUUGAUGACCUUCGAGAAUUUGGAAAUCAGAAAGGAUGGUGCCCAUAUUUUUUAGCACGACAUGCUGUAAUGCAUGCAGAUGUAGUUGUCUACAGUUACCACUACUUAUUAGAUCCAAAGAUCUCAGAAAUUGUAUCAAAAGAGAUGAAGAAGGAAUCUUGUGUCGUAUUUGAUGAAGCUCAUAAUAUUGAUAACAUAUGUGUAGAUUCAAUGAGUAUCAACAUCAACAGAAAGGUGCUGGACAAGGCCAAAACAUGUGUAACUAGCCUCAAUGAAGAUAUUCAGAGGAUUAAAGAGUCUGAUAAUAACAGACUUCAGGAAGAAUACAACAGACUAGUAGCUGGCCUUCGGCUUGCUGCCAGUAACCAAGAAGUUAUUUCUAGUCCUGUCUUGCCGAAUGAUCUUCUAGAUGAAAAUAUCCCAGGGAACAUACGAAUGGCAGAUUUCUUCAUAUCAUUUAUGCGCAGAUUAAUUGACUAUCUGAAAAUGCGCUUGAAUGUCACACAUGCUGUCCAAGAAUCCCCAGCAGGAAUGCUCAAAGAUCUUAAAAAUAGAGCUUUCAUUGAUCGUAAGCCACUAAGGUUCUGCUCCGAGCGUCUGUCUUCGAUUAUCCGUUCCCUAGAAUUAACAGAUGUUGGUGAACUUUCUCCUUUAAUUGCUAUCGCUCAUUUUGCCACACUAGUUUCCACCUAUAUGCAAGGUUUUGUAAUAAUUAUAGAACCAUUUGAAGACAAAGCUCCAAACAUUCCUAAUCCAAUUCUGUAUUUAAGAUGCCUUGAUUCUUCCAUUGCCAUCAAGCCAGUUUUCACAAAGUUUCAAACAGUUGUGAUCACUUCUGGUACUCUUUCACCACUAGACAUGUACCCUAAGAUUUUAGAUUUUCACCCAGUUGUUCAGAACUCAUUCACUAUGACACUAGCCCGGCCAUGCAUCCUCCCAAUGAUCGUGACGAAGGGCAAUGAUCAAGUGGCGAUAUCAUCAAAGUUUGAGUCACGAGAUGAUCCUGCUGUUGUUCGAAAUUAUGGAAAACUUCUUGUAGAAAUGGCAAGAAGUGUACCCGAUGGAAUGGUAUGCUUCUUUACAUCAUAUUUAUACUUGGAAAAUGUUGUUGCCACCUGGUAUGAUCAUGGCAUUAUAAGUGAUUUGCAGAGACAUAAAUUGGUUUUUAUUGAAACACAAGAUGAUGCAGAAACAUCCCUUGCCCUCGUCAAUUAUAUGAAGGCUUGUGAUAGAGGGCGAGGAGCAAUUUUGCUUGCCGUUGCAAGAGGUAAAGUGUCAGAAGGGAUAGAUUUUGACCACCAUUAUGGACGAUGUGUCAUUAUGAUGGGAAUCCCUUUCAUGUUUACACAAAGCAGGAUUCUGAAGGCCAGGCUCGAGUAUCUUCGUGACCAGUUUAAUAUCAGAGAAAGUGACUUUCUGACUUUCGAUGCCAUGCGUCACGCUGCUCAGUGUGUUGGACGAGUUAUGCGGGGAAAGACAGAUUAUGGUAUAAUGCUCUUCGCAGACAAGCGCUUUUCAAGGUCAGAUAAGCGAAGUAAAUUGCCACGGUGGAUUCAAGAACAUUUAGUAGAUAGUAAAUGCAAUCUUUCUACAGAGGAGGCUGUACAGGUAACAAGGCCAUGGCUAAGACAGAUGGCUCAACCGUUCACUCGAGAUGAUCAGUUAGGAGUAUCGCUUCUAACUCUUGAACAGCUGAAUUCUGUGGAAAAUAUUGAGAAAGUUCAAAAGAGAGCUCAACAAUCUUUCUAAACAAAAACAAAAAGUUUGGUUACGAGAAGAAAGAUGGAUAAUUUUUUUAUUUUAUUUUGUAGCAAGUGAAAUAUAUAAUAUUUAUUGCAAAACUGCCAUGAUUAAAAUAUAAAUACCUUGUGUAAACUUUGGAACAGUGAAAUAAUAUUUAUAUAUUUUAUGAAAAUAUGUCAUUUAGGUUUAAUAGUUCAAAUCUACAGUUGAUAAAAAUCAAAUAAAUUAUUGAAUUAAU